AUGGCGGCCCCCAGCAUCGAUUCCGUGUCGGCGUCCCUCUGCAACUGCUCCCUCAAACCGGAAGAGGAGCCGCCGCCGCCGCCGGCCGACGCCAUUGUGGAGCUGAAUUCCGACGUCUCCCUCCCCUACCACUGGGAGCAGUACCUCGACCUCAAGGUUCCUCCUCUCUCUCUCUCUAUAUCCCUCUCUCUCUGCCAUUAAAAAUUGAGCGGAUCUUCGAUCAUCUUCCUGUCUUCUGUGGGCGUCUGAGCAAAGGAGCACUCUGGAUUUUUCCCUCUGCCAUUUCCCAUCCUCCUCCUCCUCCGCCGCCUCCGCCGUCGUCUUCCUCCCCUCCGGCGACAUUGUCUGAGUUCCUCCUUCUCUAUCUGCCGCAGACGGGGAGAUUGCACUACAUAAACUGGUUAACCGGCGCCAAGUCGACGGAGGACCCUCGGAAGGUCCCGGGGCUUUUCUGCAACGGGUACAGCUCCGGCGAGGAAGAAGACGACGGCGGCUUCUCCGACGAGGAGGCGGCGGAGGACGAGGAGGAGCUCGCCGGAGAGACCAGAAGCGACGACGAUUACGGCAGCUGCUGCUCCUACGUCGCCUCCUCAACCUCACCCUCUUCCUCGUUCUCUACCUCCUCCGGCGGUGCCGCCGACCGCGGCGACGGGUCCCCGCCGGUCCUCAUCGCCGCCGGCUGCCCCGCCUGCAUCAUGUACGUCAUGAUCCCCAAGACGGAGGAGAAGUGCCCCAGAUGCGGCGGCCUCCUCUCCUUCUUCGGCUGCAGCUGA